CAGGCUGCCGUGCUCUUUACCAAAGCUGGAUCAAGGGUCCUCGCAGAGCUCUCAGUCCCAGUAAGGAGGUGAAGAUGGUGUCGGGAGCCCGUCGCAGUAGCAGCAGCAGCACCAGUGGUUUCUAUGGCAACAGCUCUUCGGUGCUGUGCAACCCCAAGUCAGUCUUGAAGAAACCAGUGACAGCAGAGGAGCUCCAGAGGCCUGGAAGCCCUUACAUAAAGAAGACCUUCACUAUUGUGGGCGACGCGGUGGGCUGGGGCUUUGUGGUGAGGGGCGACAAACCGUGUCACAUUCAGGCCGUGGACCCAAGCGGCCCGGCGGCUGCAGCAGGUUUGAAGGUUUGUCAAUUUGUCCUUUCCAUCAAUGGGAUGAACGUCCUAACUCUGGACUACAGGAAAGUCAGCAACCUCAUUCUGACUGGCCCUCGAACCAUGGUCAUGGAAGUCAUGGAGGAGUCAAGCCUCUGAGCCAAUGAGACAGAUCUGGUGCCCUGGCCAUCCAUAGUUACUGGGCUGC